GGCACACACAUCUUAUAUAAAAAAACAUCUUAAAGUACCAUUCAUAUGGCAAACAAUGUGCGAUUAUGUUCGAUAUUAUUACUCUUUUCGACUAUAAUUUCAUCGAUCAAUUUAAUAAGCUGCGAGAAAAGUUUGAUAACAAACCAAUCAGCAUUGUUCGUGUUCGGAGACUCCGUAUUCGACGUUGGAAACAAUAACUACAUCAACACACGCCGAACUGCUCAGGCUAAUGUUUGGCCGUAUGGCCAAACCACGUUCAAGUUCCCGACCGGAAGAAAUUCUGACGGCCGUUUGAUUCCAGAUUUUAUCGCGGAAUACGCUUGGUUACCAUUGAUACCACCUUAUCUACAGCCGGGAAAUGGUGUCAAUCAGUUUACCUACGGCGUUAAUUUCGCUUCUGCCGGCGCCGGAGCUUUGGUUGAAACAUAUCAACCACAGAAUGUGAUACCUUUGGGAAGCCAAUUAAACAACUUCAAAAAUGUGGAGAAGAUGUUGAAAGAUAAACUAGGAGAUGCAGAGACCAAGAGGAUAAUCUCAAGAGCUGUUUAUAUCAUUCAGAUUGGUCCUAACGACUAUUUUUAUCCCUUCUCCAUUAACGCCUCUCAUUUUGAAUCCAAUAGCAAAGACAAAUUCGUGGAUAAUGUUAUCGGUAACACCACGACUGUGAUCGAGGGAAUUUAUAAACUGGGAGGAAGGAAGUUUGGGCUCAUGAACAUGGGUCGACUCGACUGUGUUCCGGGACUGCUAACCAUGGAUCCAAAUAGAAUAGGAUCAUGUUUUGAACCCAUCACUGAGUUGAUAAAACUUCAUAACCUAAGGAUUCCGAAUAUCUUGAGAGAUCUACAGCGUCGAUUGCCCGGUUUCAAAUACUCGCUCUUCGACUCUUACACUGCUGGAACCGAAGCUAUGGAGAAUCCCACAAAAUACGGGUUUAAGGAAGUGAAGAAGGCUUGUUGUGGAAGUGGACCGUUCAGGGGGAGCAGUACGUGUGGGUACCGAGCAGGAACGUCACGUGAUUUCGAGUUAUGCGAAAAUGUUAGUGACUACAUGUUCUUCGAUGGCUCACACACGUCUGAGAAGGCUAAUCAACAGACCGCUGAGCUGAUGUGGGACGGUCCGUCUGAUCUUGUUGGUCCCUACACUCUCAAGACCUUGUUUCAAAACUUGUAAAUUAAUUGAAAGAUUGAUCGAUGAAUCCAGAACAUAUGUGUUCCGAAGGAUGAUAAAUUUGAUGGUUGUAUGA